UCAAUCUAUUGUAUUUAAAAGAUUGAGGUUAUGAUGUUAUUGACUUUAAUUGUUUGUUGAUUAGUUGCAGUAUAUUUUAAAAUUAAAUAUGUUUGUAUACGUGUAAAUACUCACACAGCUGUUACAUACCACAUUUUAUGUUGUUUAUAUCUGUUUACAGUUUAAAUUUUGAAAUUGUUCAGUUUAGUGGGGCCUAUAUGGCAAGAAUAAACGUAGUUCGUAUCAAAGUUAGUCACUUGAAAGGACAUUUAGCAGAAUAUUAUUUGCUAGCUUGUAACAAUGCUAACGAUUUUUAUUGCGAAAUUUCAGAAACAUCUCCCAUUGAGUACUUUCCAAGCUCUCAUGAGGCUAUGUCAAGCAAUAAGCUGUGGGUAUUAACUCCAGCUAAACGUGCUCUGUGUUUGGAAGAUCAUUCCGUUAAUUUUGAGUUUGGAAAUAACCAUGUUGUCGGGAAGGAAGUCGUUGAAGAAAUUUCGCAAAAAACAUACUUUAUAAGUUUCAACAAUUCUGAAAAAUUCUGUUUAACUUGUCUAUUUAAUUUGAAACCACAGACAGCAUGUAACAAUGUUCUAAGUUUAAAUGGGUAUGCUGUGUCACUCUUCCUACAUUAUUUAUAUAUAUCUCAAAAGUACCUAGAGCUUGUUGCAAAUCAUCUAGCAAAGAAUUGUAGUACUUUGUUUAGGCUUCAGGGCAAGGGAUUUAAGGUACAUCAAUCGGAACUUCAAAUCAACCUGAUUGACCCGGAGAAUCACAUAAUGGAUAUACAAUGGGCUAAGAUGGCGUGUACAACUGUACAUGAACUGCGUCAACUACAGUAUGCGAUGUCGUGGCUUUCUACAUUGGGUGGAGCCUUUUCUGCAUUAGGGGAAGAUCAGGAGAGAUGUGCCAAAGCUGCAGGAAUGAUAUCCAUUGAACAACUACGGCUUGCUCUCAGACUUGGGGAUGAUGUAAUCAUCGCUCAGUGUAAACUAUAUUUUAGUUUGAGCCUUAUACAGCGUGGAAUGUGCCAACUUGCUAAAAGAAUUAUUCAAGAGCAGUAUAAUAGUAUGAAAAAAAGAUCUGUAGUCGAUAAAAAAACCAUUAAUAUGUGUAAAGGUAUAUGGGCAAGAUUAAAAUACCAACUAAAGAAACAAAGGAGAUCAAAGAAAAACUUUGGCUUAGGUGUUUGAUAUAUUGAUUUUGUAGGUAUCUUUUAAUCUACGUAAGUUGGUAACUCUCUUAUUUACUGCACAUCCGGUUGGAGCAGUCUGAUACUUUAUCGUCUUUACGGUUUUAAGUUAACCUCACAUGUUUGUCAUCAUUCAGUGGUUAAUCAAUCAAUUUUAUGUGUACUUGUAUAUUUUAUUAUCAGUGUAUUAGUUUGUGAUCACAUGAAAUAUACAUAAUGUAAUAAAUUUUAAAAAUUUACAUAUGGUAGUGUAUUGUGAGGUUUAGUUAAUUUAAAAAGAAAUAGAGUUAGGGACACAUUCCCCUUACACAGUGUAGAUAAUUAAAGUUUACAGUGUAUUGUGUCCGUUUUUUAAAAGUUAACUACAUGUACAAGAAAGAAAGUUUUAAAGUCAGUUGAUCUGUUGCAUUUUGAAACAAUUUUAAAAAUCUAUGAGUUUGGAUAUAAGUAAUUGAAGACAGACUCAAAAUUAAAAGUAUUGUGAUAGACUAAGCUGUGCAAAAGUUUUGGUAAUGUAUAUACAUAAUUUACAACAGUUGAACAAUAGUUUAGAUCAAUUAUAUGUAGUGUACUGAGAACAUAAUAAUUUUUGUAAGUGUCUUUGUGAUUAAUUUAAUAUUAUAUUGUUUUAUCAGCUUUUGCUAUAAAUUAAUUUUAACUGUUAUAAUAUUUAUUUUAUUUUUAUAUAAAUUAAUUUUAAAGAUAUUGUCUGUUACUUGUAGUUUACCUGCAUCAAACUAUUAUAUGAGCCAAUCAUGUGAAAAGGGAAAUCAAAUGAAAUAAUUAAUAAAGGAUUUUACUUGUUUCAUUUUAUCAUUUAUUUUUUUAGUUAUAACAAUAAUGAGUGUAACUAGUAAAAUCUAAUGUUCAUGGAGAAAUACAUGACUGAUAUGGCA